AUGUCGAGCCCAAACCUCUACCUCCAAUACAAGAAGGAUACAAGUCGACUGGUGCAAUGGAUUAUCCGGACAUCCAACGGAAUUGUCAUGUCGGCAACAACCCCUUCAUCCAUGGAAGUCAACACAUCAGGACACCUGUCUAUCCCCCAAAUUGUAAGUAUGUCAAAGAUGAUUGCCAACCAUCUUCAGCCAACUCCCCAUAUUAUCUUGUACUUGUUUCGGUCUGUUAUUGCUGCGCGAUCAAAAUUGUACGAAUCUUUCCGGAAGCUGGUCACUGCAGAAUCUGAUCCAGAUUUGGUGCGGUCCAACGCUUCCCACAAGUUCUUUAUCGAUGCACUCAGUCAAGCAUUCUAUGCGCUUGGAGGGGAAUCAUGGAAGCCGAGUGGUUUUUCUUUCCACGAGGAAGAGCCUGUCGACGAUUCUACCUUCCAGAAUCAGUUCUCUGCCUUGAGUCUAGAACAAGAUGUAGAAGCCGACGAUGACUCGUCCGAUGACGACGAGAAAGAAGCAAAGAAGAAAAAGUCGCGGACUGCGAAGAAAGGCAAGAAGGGAAAGAAAGGCAAGCGCGGUAAACCAUCGAAGAAGAACUCGUCCGCCGCUCGCAAUGGCGAACCUGUUUUGGCCGACUCCCCAGUUGGAGCUUAUGGCAUCAUUGAAGAACAUGGCGGAAAUUUGACCGACUAUAGCUUGGCCGUCCAUGCCGUGGUCCAGGAGUGGAUUGAACUGAGACACGCGACCCAAGAUCUCUGGUCCAUUGUCGCCCAGGAAGGUCUUAACAGCGCCUUCGCCGCGGCAUUGACGAACUGCGCAGUUGCAAUGGUCAAACAGACUUGCAUUGCGGUGUUUGCCGAAUUCCCCGACCAUGAAAAUUUUGAAGCGAUUAUGCGAACUGUCACGCAUGGCCGAUCCGGUGAUCCGUCGUUGAUCUAUAACUCCAAAGAACCUACCGGUAAUGAAGAGAAAGACGCUGCGCUCGGCAAUGUCCUUAUCGACGGAAAAGAAAACUUCUGGUUGUACACGUUUGAAAACCUGAUGGAAUUCCUGGAUGACUUCAGGAAAAAUCGAACCGGAAAGCCAACUAAAGCGUUUCAAGCGGAACUCAACACUUGGAACCCUGAUUUAGAUCUUAGUCGGGCUACGAGUGAGGAGCGCGUCAAAUGGCGCCGCUUGUACACCAUCAACUGGCUGUAUGAUCUCGUUAAUGUAUUCGUAGCCCCGGUCGUUCAGCGCAACAAUGAAGGCGAGAAUCACGUAAUGGAGGACGUGGACUGGUCGCCAAAGGGCCCCUGGCAUGGAAGUAUGCGGGUCUUUGGCUUGCAGGAAUUCGCAGGUGUCAUAACCUCACUGGCGAUGCAGAAACCUGGAACUCGUGUUCGGGAUAAAAUUCUCCCCCACCAUGUCUUCCAGUUGCAAUGUCUUGUGGAUUCCUUCACCACUUCUCGAGGUUGGACAUUUGCUCCCUUUUGCCACCAUGUCAUGUUACCGGUUUCCAAGUUCCAUCCGGCUCACGAUUUGGACCUGUUCUUGAACUGCGGAACCCGGGUAAGAGGCGAGGGUGCGUUGGAAGCUCUUGAGAUCUUAUUGUUCUUGAUCAACAGAGAUCUCGUCGACGACAAAGACCCAAACCGGUACUUGAUUGACCGUAUAGUCAUUGAAGAGCUUCAAGUUGCAUUCAAAAAUUGGCUCGGAAAAUCGCGGCUGGGAACUGAAGAUUACCUUCCGGCCUCUCGCUUUUCCAAACACGAUUCGAAUGGGCUGUACAAUUACUCGCCACUGCUAUGUGGGGUUGGUUUGGUGGAAGGACUUGUUCUGACCCAUCGCUUGGGAAUGCGUAUGCUGGAUCAGAUACCGGAGGUAACUUUGAUCAUCCACCUACAUAACAUGCUUGUCAAGAGAGGUUAUCUCGAGGAAGAGAUUCCCGUGUACUCAACACUGGAAAAGCUCUACGGAUACAGUUUCUUCUCAAACGGUAUCGCCCCAGAUGAUAAUUUCCUCGAUGCUCUCAAGAGCAACACGUAUUCCAGGAAACUUCAUAGUGUCUUCUUCAACUCCCGGACUAAGUCCACCCUCCGGAGCCUCCACGAUCCUUUGCACAUCAAGUACAAUCCUUCUUCCAAAAAGAAAUCAGUACUAUCAAUGUAUUUCGAUGCCGAGUGGGUACCGGAUCAGAUUCCAGACAGUGAGGUCCACAUAAGGUCAGAACUGUACGAUCUGCGCCUCUCAACCAUCGAGCAGUAUACGGAUCCGAAAACCGGUCAGAGGAAGCUCAAGGAGACUGAAUUGACAAAGCGGGCUCUGAAAGAGGGCGAGACAGAAUCCACGCUGCUCGAUGCCGCCAACUAUUUCGAUCUUGCAAACGAUCCGUCUCAAGAAAAGGAGAAGACUCGGGAUCCAUACCGACUUUGGAUGGAGCGAGACAAAGAGCAUCUUCAAGGACGAUCGCUGUUGAGCAUUAUCCGACAUGACAUCUGCAACGAUGUCUGCGGUCACAAUCCCCACUCAGCUUUCAAUUACCCUUGGAUGGUUGGUCAGAUCUUGGCCUUUUUCGCGGAGAUGGAAGAGUCGUUUCGCGACGCUCAGGAUCCAAAAUUUAUCGAUGUAUACGAGAACCCGAACUAUAAAGGCACAGCCCAAAAGCGAACUGGGUUUGCAUUGCGGGCACUCACUCGCGAAGACGACAGGACCUUGAAGCAUCUUGCGGAUCUUUUCUUCCGCUGGAGGUUUUCCGGUAACUUUAUUUAUUGGAACAGUUACUUGGUGAAGUCGUCUCGCGAAGAAACGCCGAGUGAUACCGACGCCUAG